AGACCAAAAAUUAAGGUCCAGACCAGCAACAAGGUCGUUAAAAUUUUCUCAAAAUCGAAGUGGAACGCACUCGAGUUAGCAGCUGACAAUAGGCCGCCUUCAGCCCACCACGUUGCGGGCCAAAUCGGCGGAGCAGAAGCCUUUGUACUUUGUAUCCACCAGUGCACGCGCACCAUCACACGACCGUUCAACUUGAAUGGGCAGCCAGACGCUUGCUCGAGGCGCCCUCACCGUUUCCCGAACCCACCCGCCGUCGACGCCGACGCGCGCCUCCCCCAGCGGCCGCGACCACUCCCUCUCGGCGGCCGCCGCGCGCGUCCUGCGGCUCGAAGCCCCCGCGGCUGCCUCGUCCACCUACCUAUGGAACAGGCUGCUCGGCCUCCUCUGCUCAGGCAGCGGCGCGCCCGGGCCGCUCGCGCUUGCCCGCAGGGUGUUCGACGCGAUGCCCGAGCGGGACGCCGUCUCGCACAACACCCUGAUCGCGUGCCUCUCGCGGGCCGGCCACGGGCACGCGGCGGAGCGCGCGCGCACCUACUCGCGGAUGCUCCGCGAGGACGGGGUCAUGCCCACCGGGACCACCCUCUCCGCUCUCCUUACCGUGAGCGGUGGUGAUGCGGCGUCGGCGUGCCGCGGGUUUUUCCGGCAGGUGCACGCCCAUGCGGUGCGGUUCGGGCUCUGCUCGAACGCGUUCGUGGGGAGUGCUCUGGUGCGGGCGUACCAGAGGUGCGGUGAUGCAGACGCCAUGUUCGGCGUGUUCGAGGAGAUUGAUGAGCCAGACGUCGUGUGCUGGAACGUCAUGAUCGACGCAUGCGCGCGGAGCAGGAGGGCGUGGCGUGCUGUGGAGAUGCUGUCCAGGAUGUGUAGGGGUGGAGGCGUCGCUGACAGGUUCACACUGGCGAGCAUCCUGAAGGCUUGCUCCUGCGGCCAUGAUCUGGGGCUUGGCAUGCAGCUACACGCAUGGGCAUGGAAGAUUGGCUCGGAGUCAGAGACGGCAACCUGCAACGCUCUCAUCACGAUGUACCUGAAAUGUGGUGGUGGGGUGCAUUCAGCUGCCAAUGUCUUCGACGGGAUCUCUGAACCAAACAUAAUUUCUUGGACGGCCGUGAUUGCCGGGUUGGUGCAGAAUGGCCUUGCCAUGGAAGCAGCCGGCUUUUACAAACACAUGGUGAGGGUUGGGGAGAAGGAGAAUGACUUCUGCUUCACAAGCGUGCUCUCAGCAUUCAGCAAUCUUGCGAGUCUGGAGCAUGGCAAGAUGGUGCAUUGUCGCGCUGUGAAGGCUGGGUUUUGUUUCGAUACGAUCCUUGGGAACGCCCUUCUUGACAUGUACUUCAAGUGUGGCAGCUCUGCAGAUGCUCAAUUUGUCUUUGAUGCAAUGCAAGCACAUGAUGUAGUGUCAUGGACAGCUAUGGUUGUUGGAUAUGGGCGGCAUGGUGAGGCCAGAAAAGCUGUUGAAUGCUUUAGAGCAAUGGUUGAUGGUGGAUUUAAGCCAGACAGCAUAACAUUUCUUGCUGUCCUUUCUGCCUGUAGCCGAGGAGGUAUUGUGGAUGAAGGGCUUAACAUUUUUCGCUGCAUGGCUGAGGAUCAUGGCAUUAAGCCAGACAGAGAGCAUUGUGCAUGCUUGGUGCAUCUGCUAGGCCAUGCCGGCAGGCUAAAUGAAGCAGAAACGCUGAUUAGGAAGAUGGGAUUGCAACUUGAUUCAUUUGCAUGGGAGUCGCUUCUGAGUGCUUGUGGCAUACAUGGAGAAGUUGAGCUGGGGAAGAGGUCGGCAGGGAAGGUCAUGGAACUGGAGCCAUGGAAGGACGGGCCUUAUGUUUUACUGUCAAACAUGUGUGCUGAACAAUGCCAAUGGCGUGAAAAGGAGACAUUGAGAGGGAGGCUCGACUACAGCAAUGUGAGGAAGGAUGCUGCUCUCAGCUGGUUUCCAGUUUCAGAAGCAAAUUGAGAACCUCAUAUGGUUGUGUGCUUACUCAAGACAUUUGUGGCAUGCCAAGGAAACAGAGGGGAUGAACUCCAUAUAUACUUGCUGAAUUUACAGAACUGGAGCACCAGAAGCCGUCAGUCAAUCAGCUCGUGAGGAUUUGCAGGUGCAAGGACAUGGGCAGUCCGCAGAUACGGAGAAGUAAAAGUUACAAUGAUCGAGGUAACAAUGUUAUUCUCUUCUACAUAUGCAAGGGCAAACUCUUCAGGCAAAUGAUAUCAAUCAAGAUCAAACCCCCAUUAGAGCCGCUGUUCCUCCGCAGCCUACAUGAACAAGAGAAGACAUGCAUUGUUAGAGGCCAUCUAAUAUGUUUUGGGAUCUCAUGCAGCAUGGUUCAACCUCCAGGUUUUUAUUACCAAUUGUUGAUUCAGAUACACACAAAAAAAGCAUGUAAAUUUUGUUUUUAGUUAUUGAUUCAGAUCAACAAUGUGAAGAUUUUGAUUAAAAACUGUACAUUUUAGUGAAUGUACUUAUUUUUGUGAGAAUUUAAUGAAUGUACAUUUCACUCUUAU